AAAGACGCUAACAAGGGGCUUCCUCCUCGCUUGCAGGUAAAGCCAACAACUAUCUCUUCAUCCUCAUUCUCGUUUCGGCAUUCACUUGGAUCACAUAGUCAUGGAUCAGACGUCGUACCACGGAAAUCUUGGAGCUCGCUUGUCGAUAGCAGCGUUUUUCCUGCUGUUUUUCAUCACCAAAUCUGCACAUGGAUUGACACUCACGGACCCCGAGCGGUCGUACAUCGUGUACAACCCGCCAUGGAGCCCGACGGGGGAAGUGCAGGCGAUCACCUUGCAGUUCCGUACGGUGACCGGAAACGCGCUUCUUUUUGCACAUCAUUAUCUCCGGGAAAACGAGACGAAAUAUAAUUAUGAAGUGGACCGUUUUGCGGUGGUUUUGCAGAUUAUCUCGGGGAGGGUCAAAGCCACCCAUUACUUCACAACCAUCCAAGAAAGUUUGACGGCAGGAAUGGAUGUAAGCAAUGACCAAUGGCACACGGUCACCUUCAGUAUCACCCCGGCAACGGGCAUCAUGUCACUCACUGUAGACGACCAGACAGAGUCGACGGAACUCAAUGCUUACAAGUUUGCGUCUGCCCAGAACAUCCUGAGUGAUAAGUUUGGAGUGAAUCCAUCGGCCACUGUCUAUUUGGGAGGUAGGUCUUGAAUGUAUUGAUUAUAAAUGAUUUUGUUGCUGUUGUUUAAUUACAGUAUUUUGAAUGGUUUCGAAUCUCCAUCUAAGGAAUAGUUUGGAAA